AUGGCAUCGCCGGCACCUAAUGUUGAUCUCUUCGAUGCUUAUUUUCGACGUGCCGAUUUGGAUCGAGAUGGCCGCAUCAGCGGUGCCGAAGCCGUCUCCUUCUUCCAAGGCUCCGGUUUGCCCAAGAACGUUCUUGCACAGAUUUGGGCAUUUGCAAACCAAAAUCAGAGCGGCUUCCUUGGUCGCGCGGAGUUCUACAAUGCACUUAAACUUGUCACCGUUGCACAGAGCAAGCGGGAACUCACUCCUGAAAUGGUCAAAGCUGCAUUGUAUGGCCCAGCUGCAUCUAAGAUUCCUGCUCCUCAAAUCAAUUUCAGUGCCACAGCUACACCUACACCUGCACCUGCACCAGGGGCUGUGCCACAGGUAAAUCUUGGAGUGAGGGGGUCAGUUCCAAAUCAAAACCUUCCUGCUUCACCGGUAAAUCAGUCACCAAGGCCUCUGCAAAAUUUUUCUGCCGCUAUUCCAACUCAAGGAUUGGCUGCUGUUGGAGGAGCUCGCCCUGCAAGUUCCGCUGCCUUCCCUAGUUAUGGUAAUAUGGGCGGAGCUCCGCAACAGCCGCAAACAGCACCCUCUCAGCUACCGGUUAGAGGAACUAGUCCUACUUCAACUCAGGAGGGGUUUGGUCUUGCAAUUACAACAUCUGGAUCAAAUGUUGCACCCCCUACACCUAAACAAUCUGAAUAUCCUUCCUCUGCCACUAAGCCAGCAGAUCAAGUGGUCAAGGUUUCUAGAUCCCCGGAUACUUCUGUGAAUGGUACUGCUUCUGAUUCAUUUUUUGGAGGGGAUUUUUUCUCAGCCAGCUCAACUCAGCCAAAGCAAAAUUCUUCUCCACAAGGAUUUUCUUCUACCAAUUCUCUGCUUUCAUCUGCCAUUGUCCCUGUAUCUGGAGGGAACCAGAAUUCUAUUAGGACUAGUUCCCUUGAUUCAUUGCAGAGCUCACUUGCUACUCAGUCAGGCAGUCCACAUCUUCAGCAGCCCCGUCCACAUUUUCAGCAGUCCCAACCUGCGGUGAAACAGAACCAGCAUACCCCGGUUCACACGCCUAAUAUGCUCAGUUCAUCUGGACUUCAAGUGAGGGCGCAGGAUCCUGCGUCAGGUCAGCCCCAAUCUCCAUGGCCACGAAUGUCUCAGACUGAUGUUCAGAAAUAUACGAGAGUAUUCAUGGAAGUAGACACCGAUAGAGAUGGAAAAAUCACUGGGGAACAGGCGAGGAACUUGUUUCUUAGUUGGAGAUUACCAAGAGAGGUUUUAAAGCAGGUCUGGGAUUUAUCCGAUCAAGAUAAUGAUAGCAUGCUUUCUCUCAGAGAAUUUUGUAUUGCGCUGUACCUAAUGGAGCGACACAGGGAGGGACGUGCUCUUCCAGGCGUUCUUCCAAGUAGUAUAGUUCUUGAUUUACCUCCUACUGGUCAACCUGCCAAUGUCCACAGUGCUGUAUCUUGGGGAAAUCCACCUGGUAUUCAACAACAGCAAGGGGUAGCUGCAUCUGGUGCUCGACAAGUGAACACUGCUGCAGGUCGGCCACCAAGGCCGGCUGCUGUCCCUCCACCUGAUGAAGGACCUCAGAACAAGCAGCAGAAAUCCAAAAUUCCAGUCUUGGAGAAGCAUCUCAUAAAUCAACUGAGUUCAGAUGAGCAAAAUUCAAUUAACUCGAAGUUCCAAGAAGCAACAGAAGCUGAUAAGAAGGUAGAAGAACUUGAGAAAGAAAUAGUGGAGUCGAGAGAGAAAAUAGAAUUCUUCCGUGCAAAAAUGCAGGAACUUGUUUUGUACAAGAGCAGAUGUGACAAUCGUCUUAACGAGAUCAUCGAAAGGAUAUCUGCUGAUAAGCAUGAGGUAGAGAUUCUAGCAAAGAAAUAUGAUGAUAAAUAUAAGCAAGUUGGAGAUGUAUCGUCCAAGUUGACGACCGAGGAAGCCACAUUCCGUGACAUGCAGGAGAAAAAAAUUGAAUUAUAUCAAGGAAUUGUCAAGUUGGAACAGGAUGUAAAUACCGACGACACGGUACAGGGACGUGCUGAUCGCAUCCAAUCUUCCCUUGAUGAACUGGUGAAAUCUCUAAAUGAAAGGUGCAAGCAGUAUGGAUUACGUGCAAAGCCCACAACACUAGUGGAGCUACCCUUUGGCUGGCAACCUGGUAUCCAAGAAGGAGCUGCUGACUGGGAUGAGGUUUGGGAUAAGCUUGAAGAUAAAGAAUUUGCUCUUGUCACAGAAUACACUCUUGAUGUGCAAAACACCAUAGCACCUCCAAAACAAAAAUUACCAAAGGCUGUGAACACGAAAGCUUUGGAUAUUGAGAGUCCAAAACUUGCAGCAUCACCCAAGAGUGAUGAUGAUAAGUCAGAAAAGCCUCAGACUACAAAUGAACAGGGAGUAGACAACGGAUCUCCUUAUAAUAAAAGUGAUGAUGGGUCUGCAAAAAGUGCUCCUAAUAGUCCAUUUGCAAGCAGUACUAUUGGAAGUCCGCAUAGGGACUUUGUUGAUUCUGACAUUCGAAAGAAUUCUGGUGAAGAUAGCUCUCCCCGUGAUCAAGAUGCCGCUCAAGAAACCAAUAGUGAUCAUGCUGGCGAGAAGUCUUUGUUUUCUGAAGACAAAGUUUUUGAUGAAUCUCAUUGGGGGGGAACCUUUGACGCAACUGAUGAUAUUGAUUCAGUUUGGGGAUUCAGUGCCAGUAGCAUCACUAAGGAGGAGAAAGAUCUUGAUGGAGCUGGAGACAACUAUUUCUUUGGUUCUGGUGACCUGGGUCUUAAUCCCAUUAAAACAGCGUCACCACAGGCUGGCGGUCCUUUCCAGAAGACCAGUGGUUUCAGUUUUGAUGAUUCUGUUCCAAGCACCCCGCUUUUCAGCUCGGGUAGCUCCCCGCAAAAGCCUAGAGACUGGUUGGAAAACGCCUUUGACUUUUCAAGAUUUGAUUCAUUUAGCACACAUGAUAGUGCAUCUUUACCUGCCCGGGAAGCACCAGUGCGAUUUGAUUCAUUUAGCACACAUGAUAGUGCAUCUUUACCUGCUCGGGAAGCACCAGUACGAUUUGAUUCUGUCCGCAAUAGUGUGGAUUAUGAUCAUGGUUUUCCUGCUUUUGAUGACUCGGAUCCCUUUGGCUCUGAGCCUUUUAGGACUUCAUUAGAUAGUCAAACUCCUAAAAGAGGAUCUGAUCAUUGGACUUUAUCAGAAAGUCAAACUCCUAAAAGAGAAUCUGAUCAUUGGACUUCAUCAGAAAAUCAAACUCCUAAAAGAGAAUCCGAUCAUUGGAGUGCUUUUUAG